GAGGGAGGUGGGAACCAUCUGAAACACUUCGGAACUGAACGGUUUUGUAAUCGAAGGGACAAAGCCAUCCGCGUAACUCCCCCCCGUUGGAUCUGGGAUUUUUCCUGCAUGGAGCUGCUGGGCCGUACCCGAUUUUGAAGGAUUGUUAUUGGGGUUUCUUUUAUUCCUCCACGUCUCUGCUUUGACACCUUCCUCUAGGCCUCCCCCCCCGCCCCCGCACAGAUGCUAGUUCACACUUAUUCAGCCAUGGACCGUCCCGAUGGGCUGAACGGGGCCUCGACCGGCGGCCGCCUCUCCCAGCUCUCCUCCCUGAACCAGGCGGCUUACUCCUCGGCUCCCCCGCUCUGCCACACGCCGGCCUCGGACUUCCAGCCCCCCUACUUCCCGCCGCCCUACCCGCAGCCCCCCAUGCCCUACUCGCAGAGCCAGGAGGCCGGCUACCCGCACCUGGGGGAUCCGUACAGCACCAUCAACCCCAUCCACCAGCACCAGCAGCCCGGCUGGCACUCGCAGCGGGCCCGGCAGGAGGAAGCGGGGCUGCUCUCACAGACCCACCGGGCGCUGAGCCUGGAUCCCCGCCGGGAAUAUCCGGGGGUCCCCCGCCUGCUGCACGGGCUGGCCGAUGCGGGCCACGGGCUAGGAGACGGGCCGCUGGGCCUCCAUGGACUCGGACAUCCCAGCCUCGAGGACAUCCAGGCUGUGGAUGAUGCUGGGCUGAAUUUACUGGAUCAGUCGGUGAUCAAGAAAGGAAUGUGCCAAGGGAUAAAUAUUAACCAUCCGGGGAAUGUGAAAGAAAGCCCUGACGUCGCUGCUGUCUGGAAGCAGCUCUGCUUUCCUAGCCCAUACGUGCCCAUCCCCUCGAAGGCAAACGGCACCACCAUCUCUGCCCUAUCGAUGAACAAAGACAGUUUGAUUGGAGGGGUGACAAAUCCCAACGAGGUCUUCUGCUCCGUGCCUGGCCGGCUCUCCCUUCUCAGUUCCACCUCUAAGUACAAGGUGACUGUCGGGGAGGUGCAGAGAAGGCUCUCCCCACCAGAGUGUCUCAAUGCCUCUCUUCUCGGGGGAGUCCUAAGGAGGGCAAAAUCAAAAAAUGGUGGAAGGUGUUUAAGGGAAAGAUUAGAGAAAAUAGGCUUAAAUCUACCUGCAGGAAGGCGUAAAGCUGCCAAUGUCACUUUGCUGACGUCGUUGGUGGAAGGCGAAGCGGUUCACCUCGCCCGGGAUUUUGGAUACGUGUGUGAAACAGAGUUCCCAGCGAAGGCAGCAGCGGAAUACCUGUGCCGUCAGCACUCCGAUCCCAGCGAACUCCACACCCGGAAAAACAUGCUCCUGGCUACCAAGCAAAUUUGUAAAGAGUUUGCAGACUUGAUGGCCCAGGAUCGUUCUCCGCUUGGGAACAGCCGCCCGUCUCUCAUCUUAGAGCCAGGUGUCCAAAGCUGCUUGACUCACUUCAGCCUGAUAACCCACGGCUUCGGGGGUCCAGCUAUCUGUGCAGCACUCACAGCCUUCCAGAACUACCUGGUGGAAUCCCUCAAGGGUUUGGAUAAAAUGUUCAUGAACAGCACAGGGAAUGGGCAUGCAGCUGGAGACUCUAAAGCAUCAGAGAAAGAAGUGAAACAUCGGAAAUAACAUGCUGUCUCCCUCCCCCUCCCCACUGGGGGGAGUUCUUCCCAGCUCAUGAUAGGAGGUCUGAUCUUAUUGGUGUUAGAAAAAAAAUAUGUUUUCCGAACUACGAUGUUUGAACUUGAGACGCAACUCUUAAAGCAAACAAAUAAACAAGAAGAUUUAAAGAAUUUAAGAAAGAAGAAGAAGAAAAAGAAGAAGAAAAGAACCUUAAUGGACAUCACUGAGAUCAAGAGAAUAAGACAGGUUGAUGGCUUUUGUUUAUUUUAAUGGUGGAUGCAGGAAGCCAAGUCAUGUGCAAUUUUAUUUUGUUUUGUUUUUUAACCCACAACAAAAUACUGAAGUGCCCCAGGAGUCUGUUCAAACUGAAACACCGAAAAAUCACCAGAGAGGAAAGGCCUCAGCCACUCAAGAUGCUUUUGAAACUGAGGCAGAAGUAAGUCAGGUGGGAUUUUUUUGCAUUGCAGGCAGAUCUGGAUGUAUAACCUGCCUUCAACAGGCAGACAGGGAAUCUUCCAAUGAUGCCACCUACACAAUCGUCCUAUGCCCAAGACAAGAGGAAAAUCACCAGCGUUGCUGCCUUGAUUUUCAAGCGGUUUUAAGACUUUGUUUACAGUUUGCAACAAACUGACACUCACUACAGAUUUUCUCCAGGGCCUAUGGAACCCUGAACCAUGUCAGGAGAACAGUCUUACACUCAGACUUCUUUCCAAGAUGGGAAUUGAUCAACGAGAACCUUCUGGAAUGUUACAUGCAAGCCAAUGGGGUCAAGCAGGUUAAGUUACACCUGGGACUAAAUAAAACUCCACAAUCUACAAAUAACAGCACACAGGUUUCUAAAAUUAAUAAUAAUAAUAAUAAUAAUUAAUAAAGCACAAGGAGCAGAACUUGAACCAGGCCAAAUUGAACUGAACUGUUCUAAAUCUGUACAUAUUUAUUUAUGUGUAAUUAAAUCUGAAAGUUUUAAAAUGUCCAGUGCAAGUUAUUUAUAUCUAAUUGAGUUGGGAUUUUUUUUUUUUGAAAGAGGAAAGUCUUUGGAUUUUCUGCCAUUAGAAAUGGGAAUGAAGUUUUGGAGUCACAGGCCUGUAGCAUGGACAACAGGCUGUGAUGAUAAUGGCUAUCGAAGUUCUGCAGGGUUUUGUACUUGCUGUUGUUUCUCUGAGAGCUGCAAUCGAUGUACAACACACCACAGUGUCAUUCUCAUUAUCUUAAUAAACCUCUUUUUAUUUGAAGAAAA